AUGGAACAGAAACCAUUCAGCAAAUCAAAUACCAAAAACGACCAUAAUAUAGACAUCAACCCAUUGAUAAGACUUCCGACCCUAACACCAAACGCAACAGAACACUUGAAAAUAGGUGAACAUGGGGCAAUAAGCUCAGAUUUACUAGUGUGCAAUGAAUUGGUAUAUAACGAAGUCUUAUUAAAACACGGUAAGACUAAAGUUAAUGCAGCAGACAUGAGUGUUACUUUAGGCUUAUGUGUUGGUUUGGUAAAUUUUUUCAACAGCGGUGUUGGUGGCGGUGGGUUUGCAAUUCAUACUUCAAGGCACCCGGAAAGAGAAGAGGAUACGGGUACAUAUUUUGAUUUUAGAGAGACGUGCCCGUUAAGUUGGGAUAAUGAAAAGUACAACUUAAGUACUCUGGGUGGAUUAAGCAUCGGCUUACCUGGUGAACUAAAGGGUUACUAUGAAAUUUAUACCACUUUGGGGAGUGGUCAUGUUUCUUGGAAAGAUUUAUUGAUGCCGGUAGUAAAGCUAGCAUAUGAAGGUUGGGAAGUUUCUGAGGUUUUGGAGGCUGCACUCCAAGUAUAUAAAAUACCCUUUGAGGAAAACUUUGAUGACUGGUCAUUUGUUUUCAGUGAUGUGUCCCAAAAAACUUUAAAGAAAGCAGGUGAACAUAUAACGAGACCUAAUUUUGGAAAAAUGUUGGAAGUUUUAGCUAAAAAUGGGAGUUGUGCACCCUUUUAUGAUCCAGAUCAUUGGAUAAAUAAGUCUAUGUUAAAGAAAAUUAAAGAAAAAGGCGGAAUUAUAAAUCAAGCUGAUUUUGCAAAUUACCACGUGAGAAUUGGCAAACCAUUGACAACUAAAAUACACAUAGAUGAGUAUUGGCCAUUAACCGUUUAUACGACGGGUGGCGUAACCUCUGGUGCUGCGUUACUUUCAGCUUUAAACAUCAUGGAAAAAUUUCCGAAAAGAAAGGGGGGUGAUUAUACUUCGGAGAGUGCCUAUGAACUAGUGGAAGCUAUGAAAUGGAUGGCAAGCGCGAGAAGCAGGUUAGGUGAUUAUAACGAAGAAAAGGAAUUGGAAUUAAGGAUGCAAGAGAUUUUAAGUGACGAAUGGGCAAUUAAUUCUUCAGCAUUAAUUAAAAAUGCGAAUUUGAAAACUCAAAAAGAUUGGAGAGACUAUAAACCACAAUACCAAUUAACCGAGCCACAUGGCACCACUCAUUUUUCGAUAAUUGACUACAAUUCCAAUGCCAUUUCUUUGACUUCAACAAUAAAUUUAUUAUUCGGUUCUUUGGUGCAUGACCCAGUGACUGGCGUUAUUUUCAACAACGAAAUGGAUGAUUUUUCGAAUCCUAAAGACGAUGACCAUAGCAAUAGUUUUGGUUUGAAACCAUCAAUUUAUAAUUAUCCAAUGCCAGGCAAAAGACCGGUAUCUUCUGCUUCUCCAGUUAUCGUUCUAGACGAAUUAAAUUACCCAGACUUAGUUAUAGGAGCAAGUGGCGGUAGCAGAAUCACCACAAGUGUGUUGCAAUCACUAAUAAGAAUUUAUUGGUAUCAUAUGCCACUUUUAGAAACUAUUUCUUAUCCUAGAUUUCACCAUCAGUUAUUGCCUAAUACCUUAGAGGUGGAAAAUGGGUCAAUGAUUGGAACUCGUACUAUAAAGGAAUUGAAGGAAAUGGGACAUGAUAUUCAAGAAGUGCCACCUAAAAGCGUUUUAAAUGGUAUUAAACGUGACAGAAAAUUUCUAAAUUAUCAUGCUGUUAGUGAUUGGUGGAGAAAAAGGGGUAUGUCUUUGGGUUAUUAG